AUGGCCAAAGGGAGACGCUUCAACCCACCUUUCCACGAGGAUGGAAGAUGGUUCCCCCACAUUGGACUAAAGCAAAAGACUCCGGAAUCCAUCACCAGUGCUAUGUUAAAAGAGCCCCGUAGUCCACGCUUUUAUCACGAAGUGCAGGAGAAGCUACCGCCAAUAUACAAAGUCCGGGAGAAGCAAGCCGUGGACAGCAACUUCCCCUUCUCUGUGCAUGACAAUCGGCAUAGUUUUGAGAACUCUGGAUGCUACCUUGACUCU